AUGGGGCGCAUCAAACGUGCGGCGUCGCUCUUACUCGCCGUCGUGCUCGCGCUCCUGCUCCCAGCGUCGUUCUGCGCCUCCGAGCCGAUCAAGACCACGCCCACGCGCUGGAGCUUCCACCUGCCGCUGCCCGACGGCGUCACCGGCGCUGAGAGCCUCGCCUUCGACCGCCGCGGUCAGGGCCCCUACGCCGGCGUCUCGGACGGCCGCGUCCUCAAGUGGGCGCAGGUGCUGGCGACGCAAGCGGCAGACGGCGUGCCGUUCCACUUCGUCAACGGGCUCGACGUCGAUCAGGCCACCGGCGACGUAUACUUCACGGACAGCAGCACCACCUACGCGCGCAGGUUCAACACCGAGAUUAUGAUGAACGCCGACGCGACGGGGCGGCUGCUCAAGUACGAUGCGCGGACGAAGCAAGUCACCGUGCUCAAGGCCGACCUGCCGUACCCCAACGGCGUGGCGGUACUGGCUCAAGGGGCCCAAGGACGCCAACAUGAGCUCCUCGCGGACCUGCCUGGUUACCCGGAUAACGUGAGGCGCGACACCAGGGGCGGCUACUGGGUAGCGCUGAACCAGGAGAAGGCGCGGCUCGACACGACGGCGCCUCCAAUGAAGCAUCUUGUUGGCGUCCGGCUCGGUGUAGACGGGACUACGGUGGAGGAGCUGACGGCGGCCAAGGGUGUGACCCUGAGUGACGUCUCUGAGAAGGACGGGCAGCUGUGGCUGGGAUCCGUAGAAUUGGACUACGUAGGCCUAGCUUAG